AGACUUGAGACUUCCACCACGGAUUGGUCUCACAGCUGUUACAAGUUCGAGAUACCAAGGAGGAUCUCUGAGCAAAAUUAUGUUAGUGCUUCGUUCACUGUUUUCAGUUCUGUAGCCGGUUGUCCGUGGUACCGGUUGCUGAUUUGAUUCGCUUCGUAUGUAGCGUACCUACGUAUUCGAUCGAUUAUUGCAUUUUGCAUUGCGACAAAGAUACCGAUUUUACCAGUAAUUUUUUUUUUGUAUGUAUUUUACGUUUUUUCUAUUCUAUUUUUUUAUUCGCGAAUUACGUGGUGUGUUUUAUCACAAUUUUUCUCUGAGAUUAGUACUGUGAUAGAUAUUGUGAUUUAUUUACGACACAGUGUUCGAUGCGGAUGAAUCUUUUGUUGAAUUGACGAAUUUAUUUAUUAUUACUCAAUAAUGGAAAUCGUUACUUCAUUAUCAACGAAUAUAAACGGUGCUAAUGGCGGCACGAAAAAACAUAUCCAAGAAUGGUCAAGAUUAGAUAAGUUGACCGGUAUGCUGGAACAUGCCAGAGUUGAAGCUGAUCAUUGGGCCUCCAAUACAUCCAACUCCAGGCAUCAUUUUGGAAAAGUUGUUGAUAGCAGAGCUAGAAACCUUGCUGAUGGUAGUGUACAACAGAAACAACAAACUAAACAGUUAGAAGUCUUUCAAGCUCAUAUUCCAGGAGGUUCAGUUCAAGUGAUUAGAUCUCAUACAAGCACAACCAGUUCUUGGCAUAACUCGAAGGUUUUGCAAUCCCAGACCUCUAGUUGGUCAUCAAGCCCUGCUGAUAAUUUAUUAAAUCGACGCAUUGGUGAUAUGGAGAUUGAAAUUGAUAAUUUAAAGUUCGAUCACAAUCCAGUAAAUUUGGAUUCACAAAAAUCCAAAGCAAAUAUCGCUCGUCAUUUAGGAAACAGAAGACCUCCGACUAGAAGUAAAAUGUCAAGAAUAAACCACGAAGACACUGUUUUUACGCAUUUGCCUAUUACUUACGACUUUCAUGAAGUCAAGGAAGAAAAUAAAGACAAAAUGAACAACGAUAUCAGUAAAAGUACAGAUAGUAUGAAGAUUUCGUCAUUUAAUUUGUCAGUAAACACAUCGACUACGGAAUCUAAUCGUGAAAAAUUAGAUAAAAAGAAAAGCAUAUCAAAUGAAAAUCUUUCAUUUACCUCCCACCUGGAUAGUGAAACAGCUGAUGAAAAAGAAAGUUCUUAUCCUUGGAUACGUUCAAGUCUAGCUCGACGGUCUUACCAACAUCCGCCUACUAGCAGAUAUAAAACAAAUAUGGAAAAAUCUGCUGAACAUGUUCCAGGAAAUAAAAGCGAGUUGGAGAAUGUUUUAGGAAAAGUUCUUCGCCGUAGAGCAGAUUUUGAAUCAUGGUCAAAGACACCUUCAUCUGCUGAACUUCAAAAACCAACUCCCUUAUUAUGUAAAAAAUCAUUUGUUACAGAAGCGACACUUCAAGAAACAAAACGAAAAUUGAGACAUUUAUCUAGCGAUAGAACUCCUAUUUUGAGAAAUAGUCUUGAAGAAAUUGACGAUGGUGUUUUUAUAGAGAGUAAAUCUAAUUUGGGUAAAGAAAAUGGAAGGACUAUCAGCAAAGAUCUAGACAAUAUGGUUAUUGAAAGUACAUCACCUACAUGUUUAGAUUUUCGACUUAUAAAUAAAUCAGAUGAUUGGUUUGAUCGAAGAAAAUCAUAUGGAUUUGAGCCUGUUAGCCAACCUAACACCACUUCAUCUCUGAACAGCACCCCUAAAACCAAUUCAUCAACAGAUAGUGGUAUCUGUAGAUCUUCUGAGCUGGAAUUAGCGUCAACAUCAAUGAUUAAAAAAGUAACAGAAGCAAAAGACGAUUGUGCUAUCCAUUCAUCCAAUGAUGAAGAAAUUAAACCUCGCAGUGAAUUCACCAUUAAGAAUGAAGUUCCCAAAUUAUUGAAACAGCUUGAAAAAUUUGAUAAACCAAAAACCAGCAGUGGUGCUACAAUUGUUAAGUUUACAGAAUCACAAGAUGUGAUCAAAAAAGGAAAAGUAUUAGAAGCAAUAAAAAAUUUUGAGAAGAAUGGCAUCAGUCGCAAAAUACCAGAAUUAACUUCAUUGACAAAAUCAGGUUCGUACUUCUUAGAAGAUUUAAAUGAAAAACCAAGUCAACAUGUGAUUGAGCCAGAUAUCUUAGGAAAACGUCAUUCAAUAGCCUGCGAUGAUACAAAAUACAUGGCUUCAAUGCUUACAAUUCCAGAACCAUUGAGUCCUGAAAAAGCUCCAUCACCUGGAAAAAGUACUGUUGUUAAUGUGAACAAUUUUGAAUCAAGCAACACAUCUUCACCUAUUACUGAUACAGAUGCUAAAAAACCAAAAAAAGUUGAAUUUAGUAGAACAGAAGUUCACUUUGCAGCUACUGAACCUGGUAAAAUAAGAAUAGUUGAAACCAAUGAGAAACCUCCAUCAACCAAUCUAUAUCGUAGAAAAAAACGCAGUGUUAGUGUUUCUCCUAAAAGUGAUUUACCACAGACUACGUUUGGUGGCUUUGAAAAAUUAACUAAUCCUGAAAAUCCACCCGAUAACAAAUUAAAUGAAGAUUCAACAGGCUUCCGUUCGCAUUUCACAUCCACUGUUUCAGACAAUGGGUUGGCUGUGACAAUAACUUCCACAAAACCAACUGAUUAUAGGAGAGCAUCCUGGUCCCUGAUUGAAAACUCAAAUUCAUCCCCUGUGCAGUUGGAAAAUAAAAUGGGCUAUUCAACAAAGAUCAAUUUUGGUGGAGAAGGUGUUAUUGUGGUAGCGGAUGCAAAAUCUCCUCUACAUGAAAAAACUGCUCGCAAAUCUCAUAUCAGUGCAACAAAAGCAACCAACAAAACCAAAAUUCCAGAUACCAGCCAAAACAGUGAAAAUAUUCAUGAAAGACUGAUUGUAAGUAUCGGUGGUUCUUCUAAUGGAAAUCACACCACUGGAAAAUACAUACAAAAGCCUACGUUCACCAACAGUUUCCGAAAUUCUAUAAAGAGCUCUAAGGCUGCAGUAGGUUUGGAAAAAUUAGCAUCCAAGAAGAAUGAUGGUUUGAAAUCAACUUCGUUAAUCAUCAGUACAAUUAAACAAUCUGUAAAUAAAAAACCUCUUGAGAAAUCCAAUAAUGAAAUAAUGGAGAAAAAAACCAAAAUAACCAAUGUGAAAACUGAAAGGUCUAAACCUACAGCAGAACAACCCAGCACAUAUAUCACAGAGAUGAACAAAUUACAACAAAAGUACAGAGUCAAAGAAAACCAGAUGACAAUUAACAGGGUUAUUAAGAAAGACGCAACUAAAAACCAUUUCUACAACACAAUUCCAGCGCCAAAAAACGGACACGUGAGAACCAAACUACUAACUAAUGAUUUACCUGCUGUGCUGAGUGCUUUUGAUAAUUUGUGCCGAACCAUUGAUGAAGUUAUGGAGAAGAAAACAACCAUAAAGCAUCAGAAUAAGCAGGAUCAUUUGAAAAUUGUAGAAAAUCUUUCAAUUCCUACAGAAUCUUUCCACAAGAAACCUUCUAGUCAGUCAAGGCUCCAUGAUAAUUCAAAUUCUAUUAGUCAGGAUGAUGGUAACAUUAGUGAUGACAGUUUAAAAGCAGACAAGGAGGUUCAGUCUUACAUGAGUACUGCGAUUAUGGAAGAAUAUGAAAAUGAAUUGUGUGGUAGCUGGAGCCGAAAAAGAUAUUUUAAACAUAUUAAACCAAUAAAAAUAGUUCAACAAGAUGAAAUUUCAGAAGAAUGUCACUUUAAACCAUUGAAAAAUGAUGAAGAUGAAAUCAGAAUUAUUGCUAACAUGACUGACAUCAAAAAACCAAAAAUUGCGCCGAUGGCAACGAUAAAGUUAAAAGACAAUAUGCUGGAAACCAAAAAUUCCUUCACCAACUCAAAAAAAUCAACUAUCUUGUUGAAUAAAUCUCCUAGAAUUGAAGCAGUAUUUAAUGAUGGUUCUGCUAAAGAUAAGGAAGAUGACAAAAAAAAACCAUGUACUCCACUUCGCAUUACUAAUCCAAAUUCUUCAAAAAUGAAUGAUUACGUUAAUGUGACUGAUUACAGAGAACCCAAGCAGGGAAAUCAUUUGACUAAAGCUAGCGCUGAAGAAAUUUCCAAAAGUGAUAGCGAUCCUGUUAAAGUAAUGUACCAUGAUAUCGAAUUAGCUGGAAAAGUGCCUCAAAAUGAAAAAGAAAAGAAACCUUAUCUAGUGCGGAAAGAUAGUGACAGAGAGAGUUUGAAAUAUAGGAGAAAAAUUAGUUCUAAAGACUCGAGUGUUCACAAUGACAAUAUCAGAAGAUCAAUGAAAUCCUUGAAUAUUAAAGAGAAACUCCCAGAUAGCGGUCGUGAUAGUUGGUUGAAUUUGCCAAAAGACUGUAAAGUAUUAUCUGAAAAAAGGCCUAUUGAAAAUGGGAAGCACAAGAUCUAUGGAAAACCUCACAUCGACCAUGUGAAAAAAGAUAGACAAACUAGAUCAGGUAUCAACGGUUGUGGUGAUAUCAGUAGUGAGGAAGAUUUAACAAAAAAAAGCAGCAAGGUGUACAUUCCAUUGAAUACUAUUCAUGAAAAAUCCAGAAUUGCUAAAACACCUAAAUUUCCUGUAACGAAAAUGGCGUCUAAUUCUUCUACUGAAAACCAAUCUAGUUCGUUCAAAUUUAAAAAUCCAAUAUUGAAAACUGAAGAGAGAAGUCAAAGAAGGGCAGCUAGAAUAUUACAACAAACGUCCAGUAGGGAAAUGCUGAUGAGCAGUAACAUUGCCAGUUCAUCUGACGACAUAACUUCUGAGAAUGAACGACAUCAUUUGAGGACCAGUAAACCUCGAAGUAUUCGUAAAUCCAAGUCUACUCCUAAAACUACGAAAUCAGUUUCCACAACUUCGAAUUUACCACCCAAAAAAACUGUAACUAGUAGCGCUAAAAUGCAAAUCAAUAUUUUCAACAUAAAAGAUAGAAUGAAUCAUGAGACAAGAAGCACUCGGGCUCAUAACACGAGUUCAAAAUCAUCAAACUGUAUCGAUAACGUCAAAUCAUCAAGAUGUAGGCCUCAAACAAGCCAGCAGAAAACCUACGCAAAUGUACCCGAAAAAAGUAGAACGAAACCGGUUUCAUGUAGCAACAGAGAUACCAAAAAUCUGUCAACUUUGGCAGUGAAAUCAACUCGACCAAUUCACUAAGGAUAUGCUAUGUUUCUACCCAAAGUUCCUAAGGCAAAAUUUUCAGUACUUAUCUUUUUGGAUAUUUACGUAAAGAGUUAUAAAAUGGAUUUUAUUAUUUUGAAAUUAUGAGUGUAUGUUUAGUUUACAUAAUAACAUUAAAUUUCAGUUUCUGUAAAUCAUUUUAUAAAAUUAAUUUAAAGCCAUGAAAAUAACGAUCAAAAAUAAUUUCUUGAAAUAUUGCUCGUCUGUAUGAUUUAUUUAAGACAUUGUAUCCCGGAAUGAUUGAAAAUAUAAAAUUAUAAAUUAUUA